UCUUGGGUUUUGAGCUCGAGCAAUAUUUAAAUGUUAAUAUAUAUUUUUAAUAUUUUUAUCACGUAUAUUUAAAAUUCAACAACUAAUUUUUUUAUUCAACAUUUUUGAUCCAUCGAGUUGCUCACUAUUUGGUUGCUACAAUAACAAUAUAUAGAUAAGAUUCUAAUGAUGAUUUAAUUCUGGCAGCAAUUGAACAACGGUUAAAACGCGAUGAAGUACUUAGAAAGAGUGGGAAUAUCCUUAGAGAAUCUACGAUUUUCUUUAUUUCCCAGUAUUGAGAAUCAUUCAAUAACACGCAGCAAUUUGCAUUGCCUCGAAACAAAACUGCGAGCACGGCUCGGACGAUCUGUACCACCCAUAAUACUGAUGAAGCGUAUGCAAUAUCGUACGUAAACAUUUAUUACAUUGAUCAAAAAGGAGUUACAUUCGAAAUUGCCGUAGACUACACAAAUUGCAUACCGGAUCUUCUCAAUACUAUGAACAGUGAUGAAAAAAACUGUAAGGCAGAUAAUGAUGCUAAGAAUUAUAAGAAUACAGAAGAAUCUCCAACACAAUCAGCUCACUCACAGUUUGAUCGAUAUCCUUCAAUUACUCCAAAGGUCUCCAAACCUCAUGACAAAGUACCUGGAAACAGUGACCGUAAACUUUUGACCGGCAUGACUAGAAGGUCUUGUGGCAAAGGUGACAAGAGUGCUGAAAUCCAUAAAAGUGCAAGAAAAGGUCAAUGUGAUAAAUGCUGCACGCAGCCGCCAAUAAGUGCAUUGCGUAAAACUGUUUGGAAAUCUAGAUAUGGCAUUACGCAGGAGGAGAAGCCCUCUCCAAUUCCAUCCUUAAAUGAGAAAUUGCGUGGACUAGAAUCUCAUAGACCACUGUCUGCAUUGAAGUACAACAAAAAAAUCAUAAGUCCUACCCUGAAUCAUCGUGAAUUCAAGAAGGCUCGGCAACAAACAGUCCGAGAAAAAAGUAUAUCAAAAUCUACGAAUAUUGCGCACAAAACUAUUCUCUUACCAGUCAAGAAUGUGGCCCAACAAGUAGAUAAAGAUAAGGGUUGCCUUUCCAAAACAGACCAAUCACCAUGCCCCUCACUAAAAAAAAUAAAGACAGUUAACAAAAACCAAGAAAGCUUAUAUUCUAAAAGACAUUUGGAAAAAGUCAAUCUAAAAGGCAAAGUUAGACUGAAUGAUAAACAAAUUAAUGAUAAUGUUGAUAGUACGACUACAUCAGAAAAUACAGAUCACAUCAAGAAGAUUGAUCCUAAAGAUGAUCUUGAAGCCAAAAAAAUUCUACUUUAUAGGUCAAACCAUUGUAUUAACAAUAAUAUCGAUGGCGAUGAAAAAAAUAACGGAGCAGCAAGAACAAGGAUUUACAAACCCGACAAACGUCGAAAAGCUCGUAAAAAUUUAAGUAGCUAUGAUGAUAAUUUACACGAACAAAAAUCUAGCGAUUUCAGAGAUAAAUUAAAAUUGACUAAUGCAAAGAUGAUAAAACAGAAUGAAAAUGAGCAGGAUAUCAAAAAUACUACUUCGACUAAAUAUGAUGGUAAACAAAACUGCAACCAAUCUUCACACGUUGUUGGAAAUAAUGAAAUUAUGAACUUAUAUCACAAAGAUAUGACCGUAUCAGAAUCUCCCAGCAAUUUCAAUGAAUACCGAGAGUACGGAAAAGUUUCUGAGAAGUCAAUCAAAGGGCAAGAAGAUGACAAUUCUACUUCAGCAACAACCAAUGACAUAAACGUCAAAAAACAACUACGAAAAUGUACUGGUAUAAACUUGAGUCAUGCAACUAAUUGUCAAUCAAGUCAGUCAACGGAUAUACCUUGGGAUAGAGAAGAAAGUGAGCAUGAAUUCAUCUCUGAAUCAAGUGAAAAGUUAUAUGUAAAAGGUGAUGAAAUUGAAAGCCUGUUAAGUGACAUAAAAAUUAUCGAAUCACAUGAUGAGAUAAAAUGUUUUACUAAUUUGAAGAAUUACGGCUACUAUUCAGAUCAGCAAAAUUGCAAGCAGCUCAAGAAUCAGCAAAAUAUAAAAAUUGGACCAGAUGCAGAUGUAAGUGUGACAAAAGCAAGUGAAAUGUCAAGUGCAUGCAACAACAGUACAGAGUAUAAUUCAAUUGAAACCUUGAUACAUCCGGCUGCAGGGAUUCACCAUUUCAAAGGUAUAUCAAUGUCUGGGCAUAGAUCGGAAGUUGUUUUAGCUUGUGCAAACGAGAGACUUCAAAAAAGGUACCAAAAUUCUUCAAGCACUCAUUCUUUUAAAGAUAGCACAAGUACAAGCUUACCUGGUAGUAUGAAUCAAUCAGAAAAUGAUUUAAACAUCAUGGUUGGUCUUCCAACCUCAAGUUCACAUGUAAUUAGUAAUAUUCGCUUGGAUCAACCACCAAGCAAUAAUUCUUCUGAUGACAUUGCCAACAAUUUGAAAAUGAAAAACUGCAGAUAUGUAAAGGAAUACACACAUUUCAAGAACCCACAGAGAAACAUGUGCUACAAUAUGGGACGGUAUAUAAAAAGAAUGAUAUCAACUGACAAAAAGUAUAGAGCUAGUAAAAAAAGAGUCAAUUCAGAAGAAAAGGGAGUUCAAAUAACCAUUGGUACUCAAAACCCAAAGACUAGUCAGAUGAGAAUUUCUAAUGAUCGAUCCAGUGUUAGUGCUUUUUGCCAUAGUUUGGUAAAAAGAGAUAGAAUGACAAGUAAGGCAGGAUCUAGUGGGGGAGAAAGCAGUGGGUACAAAUCAUUACAGAACGAUUCAAAUACAAGGAAUGUUGAUCUGACUGAUGACAUUGAGAAUAUUCAAUCUUCAAAUAAAAUAACAUCUCAUAAUCCUACUAUUGUUCAUAUUCAACAAUGUAUCCCUUUGGCUCAAUAUGAAAGAUCAGAGUUGUGCCAAAAAGCCAAAUCAACGACCCCUGGAAAGUUACCUCAACCUUCAUGUCCAGAAAAAUCAUCACAAGAAGAUAGCAAUGAUGCUAAGCACAAUUUUGAAAAGCGAGAUAAUAUGCACAUUGAAGACCUCGAAGAGAUGUACAAAUCGUAUGACUCAAAUAGAUAUUUGUCUACAUUUACCAAGUGCUUGAACAUACAUAUACCAUGUGAAAUCACUGCUUAUCAAUUACAAGAAAAAGAUGAAAGUAGACUCCUUCAAUUUGGCAAUGAAGAACCACAUGCAAAGAAUGUAGAUAACACUGAGCUGCAAUUUAAAAAAUUUAUGAUAAAUAAAAGCUCGUCAACACAAUCCGAAUUAUCAGACAAAAAAAAACCUGAUGAACUUAGAUCUGUAAAAGACAUUAGUACUGCUAGAGGUGAAGUGAUGACUCUGAAAAAACCAGAAUAUUCUAGUUAUAAAAGUCAAGAACUUGUAAUUAAUGAACGUUAUCUUCCACCAGAUAACCCAGUAGUGGCAAGUGAGUCAACGACCAUUCCUCCAACACUAGUACAUCACAAGAUCGUCACUUCGAUAGAGUUGCAAAACAGUCAAAAUGUCAGAGAACAUUCUGAGAUAUCGCUAAUAUCAGAAAAUGAGUUUACUAUAAGGAAAAAUAUAUCUCCAACAGAUGCAAGUUCUAGCAAUCGUGAAAUUGAAAUAAAUCUCAGUAACGAAAUGCCUCACGGACCGCGCCAAGCAACUGAGAGUAUUCGGCCUGAUAAGCCAAAAAUUCGUGAUGGCAUAUACUGUGGGAAACAAAAGAAUGGAAAUUUAGCUGGCUCUCGAGACACAAAUACAGUACAUGAAUUAUGGAAAAACAAUAAAUCGACUAUUUAUAGUACAGAUAAUGAAUCUCAGUCAUCAAGAUCAUGUUACUGUCAAAAAAGCCAUCACAAAAAACACGAAAAUAAGUUCAACUUGAAUUUAUUCGAAAAAUGCAAUCCAUCAGCGAGUAGAAAAGACGUUUCCUUCGAUCAAUUACCACAACCACCCCCUUUUUUCUCAGAAAAUUCUGCAGUGUCACACUCUGCAAUCUAUUCCUCGUCAGCUUCAAAUCCAGAUAUUUCUUCUGAACUGCAUAUAACUACACCCUCAAAACUCCAUACAAAUUUUACAAACCUGCAGACUGGUACUGCACCAAUUAUUUAUGCCAGAACAUCUCAGAUAAGUAUUGCUUCCACCGAGGAAUUUUCAAAUCAACCAGUCCGAUCCAAUUUACAUGCCCCAAGCGGAUCUGAAAGUGUAAAAAAUAGUCCAGGAUCAACCUUGGCUUACAAGCUGCCUCCUACGUUGCCUCAGAGAUCACAAGAAUCGCAAUCAGUGAAUCCCCCUCCGGCUUCAGUUUUACCACCACCCUAUCCCUUUUGUUGCCCAAUGCUUCCUUACAUGAUGCAGUACUGGCAGAACCAGCAGCAACCACCAUCCCCCUCAACGGUGCCACUUCCAGAAAUAAAUUGGAAAUCUGAUGGUGCUUUGAACAGAAAUGUGCCACCACCUCCUGCAAUGGUCCCCAUCCCAUGGUUUCCGCCGAUGAAACAUAUGAAUAAUUCUCCAACCAGUGCAGGUGAAACAGAAGUAGAAGAAGAUUCACGUAUACAACCACCACCACCACCAGAAUGGCUGAUGAUGCCCAGGGGUUACGCCCCGUGUCUUCCAUGCAGUAGAACGCUCAACUCAGAGUUGGUAACAGAUUCUUCAAUUCAUGAAGACAACGAUCGCGUGCUUCAACAAGACAAAAAUAAACAAAAUGAGAAGAAGAAAAAAGUAUCCAAUCGACUGUUCAAGAUAUGCAGAAAAAAAAAUAAAGAGGUAUCAGAUACAUUCAAUGUGGAUGAGAGAAGGAAUAGGCAAAAAUCUCGUACAGAUACACAACCAGAUCAUAAAAUAGCGAUAUUGCAAAAGCCCCAAGAAAACUUUGAAGACCAGAGUAUUUGGGAGUCGCCUGAUAUCGCAGGGAUUGUAACACCAGACGAAAUUGGACGAUGCUUUCGCAGAGGUUUUCGUGCAGAUGGUUUAACGUUGGCUGGGGACGAAUACCUCUGUACCAAGGCACCAAGUGAUACAAUAUCGAAUCAAAAAGACAUAUUCAGCUUUUCCGACCAUGACACCCCACUUGAUUUUCUACUUGCUCUUGGAUUUAGCGUCGAUGAAGCUACUGCUGCUAUCAGAGAUGAUGAUGUACGAAGUCGAUUUAAAGCUGCUCUUACAGAGGCACGCAUUUGGGUCCCUCAUAUCGCAACAACUCAAGGAACACUGCUCUAUCUACUCGCAAUGAAAGCAAAACCAAAAGUGAUGCGUUAUUUCCUUCAACUGGUGGAGGCCAUUGUCAAUGGAAGAAUAACUAACGCCGUCAAACUGGAUGCUUAUUUGAAGAUUUUGGAAAAGGUCGAAGAGGGAUAUGUAUCUUUUGUCACCUUAUUUGGCAAAGAUGGAAGGGAAGAUGAAGAAGAUACUGUAGUAGUGGAAAAACAGCGCCGUCGAAUAUUCUACACUAUUUACAAAUUUGCAGAGGCUGAGGCUGAAGCCGUCGAUCGUCCAUUGACCAAAGCAGAUAUAGAUCUCUUGCAAUCACUAGCAACACGUUAUAGAGCAGCUAUUAGACCACACUUACGGCUCCUUGCUUGUUACAUCGGCGAAGGAAUUCUAACAAAAGAUAUACAAUUGGAGGCUGCAGUGCUAUACCUAUCUCGCUUAGAUUCUUCCGAUGUCCAACUCACAGAAUUAGAAAAAUAUUGUGGUUUGGUACCUUCAGAACGUCGCAGACUAGAACAAGUUGCAAAUAUACAGUUAUCAGAAGAACUUUAACAUUACAUUAUGUUAUUGAUGAGUUUUGCAAAAAUAUGGUUUUGUGAGUAUAUCAAGAGUGGACUUUGAAUUCUUAUAGAAUUUAUGCUAUAGCAUGCCA